AUCAAAUCCCAACAGAGCGAAGUAACCAGAAUCCUCGAUGGGAAAAACAUCAAGUACGAGCUGGUGGAUAUUUCCCAGGACAACGCGCUCCGGGAGGAGAUGAGGGCGAAGGCAGGCAACCCCAAAGCCAUUCCACCCCAGAUCGUCAACGGAGACCACUACUGUGGGGAUUACGAGCUCUUUGUGGAAGCGGUGGAGCAAAACACCCUGCAGGAAUUCCUGAAGCUGGCCUGAGCCCCGGUCUCCCUCCCAUCCUGGACUCUACCUGCAUUCCUGAGCACCCUCAUCUCCGACCACCUUCACUUCCAGGUUGUCAGCGCUGUCCUGGAACUGCGACCUGUAUCCCAGCAUAGGGAAAACCCAUGACCAAAACUACUCAUUGCAGCUGCCUCCGAUUCCCUCCUGCCUAACCCCGAUAUCAUCUCAGAGGGAUCCAAAGAAAGUCUGAUGCUCGCUGCGCAUGGCCUUUGAAGCAGAGCCGGGCCUGGCUCACGCCGCAGCUUCCAGUGCCUCUGUAAACAGCAAAGCCUCUGGGGCUGUGCGAAGUGCGGCCGGCCGUCAGCCCUCUCCUCUGCAGGGAGAGCUUCUGCUUCGGGAGGGAAGGGCUUAGGCUUGCAUCUUACUUCCCACUUCUGCCAGUUGCUGUUAAAAUUGUAAAUCCUGCUGCCUCACUUCCUUUUU